CACGCCUUUAGAUUUUCCGGUUUCGCCAAAACUUCCCAUCUCCGCACAAACCCUCGCUUAUCCCCUCCUCCUCCCCCUCCCACGAUCCUUCACGAGACAGUUGCCAUUAGAGCUACCUGGAAGGCAACGAGUGGAUCGCAGCUUACAUAGACAGCCGAAACUCCCAUCUUUCCCACCUUCCGCACCGCUCGUUCCAGAGACCGUUGAGGAAGUUGUUUAGUAUGAUGAUAAGGUGGGGAGUAAGGUGAGGAUGGCGAUCUUGGGAGACUCACCCACCCAUUUAAAGAUAACUAAAUUAAUGAGUUUGAAGACCAUGCAAGCUUCAAAUGUCUAUCGCCAACUUCUCAAAGUUGUCGAGAAGCAUAUUGGAAAAAGUGGAAGCAAAGGGCACUUCAGGGAUUUCAUUACCCAAGAGUUUAGGAAGAAUGAUAAACUUUCAAAUCCAUGUGAAGUUGAGCGAAAGAUGAAGCUUGCUCGUAAUUACACUUUCUUGCUUAAUAGCGUGCAUCACCAUAAGGAUUUACUCUUCUCUUACAACAUUGCUGUGGAUCGAUCUGAUGAAAUGAAGAAGGUACUAAACAAAUCAGCAGCCAGUGUAGGUCUACGGCUUCCUGAAGUUUAUCAACCUUAACAAAGUAUUCAUUAUCACCAUAUUAUCCAACAGGUUACAAAGAUUGAAAACAUACAUUUUGGAAUGAGAAAAAGAGGCGACGUGACCACACCGGGGCAUGACCAUACCACAAUUUGGCGUGACCACACCUGAAGUUCAAAGAGGCGACGUGACCACACCGUGAUCGGGCGUGACCACGCUGCCCGAUUUUGAAGGUUGGCAUAACUACAUCACUUUUCGGCGCGACCACACCAAAAAAGCGGGAAAUUAUUUUAGCAAGAGAUUUCUUACCAAUUUCAUAGAUUAAGUUAUACAAAAGUUCUGUAGGGUAUCUUUGGAGAGGGGAGAGACCCGGAGAUGGUUGAAGAGCAAAAAGAGAGGAUUUUCCUUAGGAUUCUCUUACUCUCUUAGGGGGUGAGGGGCUAAGGGUGUUUCAUAUCUACUUUAUACUUUCUUAUCUAUUUUGAGAGGUUUAUUUUAUGAUAGAGGAGUUGGUUGUUGUGGA